ACGAGAGAGAGAGAGCCCGAGAGAGACCUCAAAAUAAACUCAAACUUCAAAAUCAUUCGGUGUGUUGGCCAAAGCAGAGGAAAGAUCUGCUUGGUCGUUAUAAGACUACAGAGACCCUGUUUUUGUCAAUAUUUGUUGAGAGGUUUUAGAGUGGGUUUUAAAACGAUUCGUUUUGGCGUUUUCGGUGUGGGGUUGGAGAGGAUGUGAGGAAAAAAGGAUGGCAUAUCUAUGAAAUAUUUGCUGAAAUCCGAAUAUUUAUUUGACCGAUAGUGGAGCAGUUUUUAUUUUUACACGGAAACAACGCCACACAAUAUUUAGGAAUACCACAGACCACGGUCGUAGCGGAUCAUUAUUUUUUCUACACAUAUUUUGGCAAACUUUUUUUUGGUUCUGAUGCCCGCUGCGCCGGAAUGCAAGCUGUCCCAUCAUGGCCGGAUCAUGAAAUGUGUUACUUUUUUACUUUUGCUCCCUGAAACGUUAAAGAAGUUGAAACGAGCAAGCAAGCACCCCGGCAGGCUGUCUCUGUGCUAUAACAUCUUAACUCUUUCCCUGAAGAAAAGGAUGGCAGCGGAACUGUACCCCGUCAACGAUCACGCCACAGUGCAGAAGAACGGGACUGUGAUGCUCAGUCUGCCAGAGAAGAAGAGGAGCGUGGAGCCGGUUGAGCAGUCCACCGCGUCCAUCGCCACCACACCGACCACAGAGCAAAACAUCAACAAUAACAACGUGGAGAUUCCCAGCUGGCAUUCCACGCACCCGACUUUACGCGAAAGAAAUGCACUAAUGUUCAAUAAUGAACACAUGGCAGACGUUCAUUUCAUUGUUGGUCCCCCUGGUGAAUCAGAAAGGGUCCCGGCACACAAGUAUGUGCUGGCAGUGGGGAGCUCUGUUUUCUGUGCCAUGUUUUACGGGGAUCUCGCAGAAGGGGACUCUGAUAUCCAUAUUCCAGAUGUGGAACCCGCUGCUUUUCUCAUUCUGCUCAAAUACAUGUACAGUGAUGAGAUAGAGCUGGCGGCCGACACAGUACUGGCUACGCUUUAUGCUGCCAAAAAAUACCUGGUGUCUGCUCUGGCUCGCGCAUGUGUGGGCUUCCUCGAGACAAGCCUAGAGGCGCGAAAUGCGUGCGUGUUGCUAUCUCAAAGUCGGCUGUUUGAGGAGCCGGAGCUCACUCAGAGGUGUUGGGAAGUGAUCGACGCCCAGGCAGAGCUUGCGCUGUGCUCGGAAGGUUUCACUGAGAUUGACUUGCCCACACUAGAACACAUUUUACAAAGGGAAACUCUGAACGUGAAGGAGGCGGUGGUUUUCCAGGCCAUUCUGGAAUGGGCCGACGCAGAAUGUCGGAGACAAGGCCUUAGCCCCACUUCACAGAACCAGCGCUCCAUGCUGGGGAAGGCUUUGCACCUUGUGCGUCUGCCUUCAAUGACACUGCAGGAAUUUGCAGAUGGAGCUGCGCAGUCGAACAUUUUAACCCUUGAGGAAACGCACAGUAUCUUUCUCUGGUACACCGCUGCUACGAAACCUGCACUGGGAUUCCCGGUUGAGCCCAGAAAGGGGCUGACGCCGCAACGAUGUCACCGUUUCCAAUCGUCUGCGUACCGAAGCAACCAGUGGCGGUAUCGCGGACGCUGCGACAGUAUCCAGUUCGCUGUGGACAAGCGUGUGUUUAUCGCCGGACUUGGUCUUUAUGGCUCCAGUGGAGGGAAGGCGGAAUACAGCGUCAGAAUUGAACUAAAGAGACAGGGAGUGCUUCUUGCACAAAACUUGACAAAAUUUGUGUCUGACGGUUCCAACUCAACAUUCCCCGUGUGGUUCGAGCACCCAGUACAAGUAGAGCAGGACGCAUUCUACACAGUUAGCGCUGUUCUAGAUGGGAGCGAGCUGAGUUAUUUUGGACAGGAAGGAAUGACAGAAGUGCAGUGUGGGAAAGUCACCUUUCAGUUUCAGUGUUCCUCUGACAGCACUAACGGGACAGGGGUGCAGGGGGGACAGAUUCCAGAGCUGAUGUUUUAUGCAUGAAACCACUUAUCGGUUUUGCACCGACUAUCGGAAAAUAAAUUAAGUGACAAAAACAGAUUCAUAACAACUUGGACUGAUCCAUUAAUGAAGAGACAGCAGGGAGAUUUUUCCUCUCGAAAAAUGCCUUUCCUCACAACAUUGCUGCAAGACACUUCUAGAAGAGGAGACUAUCCCCUCUGAUUUGAUUUUUUUUACAUCUGGCAUAUAAUGGAAUGCUGCCCAAACUUAUUUAUUUCUUUAAACAUACUGUUUUAAAACAUGUACUUUAAUUUAAGCACAUUUUAUUUCUAAUUAUUCAUAAUCUGUCUGUGUAGAGUGAAACGUGAGCAGUUUGCACUUGAAACCAGGCAACUUUUCCGGUCUUGUUAUUUAAUGGUUAUUUGUUGACAGCUUGAUGCUGAAUAACCUAAAAAGGGUUUCAAGAGCCUGCAAAAUCAUAAAAUGGUUGUUUUUAUUAAUUAAACAGUAUUUUGUUUUC